UGCGGCUGCGGCUGGCCGGGAAGCAAGUCGCAUGGAAGGUUUGGAGGCGCGGCCGAGUGGCCGGUGUGGCAGUCCCGUCAUGGACCGGACCAAGCCUUGGCAGGAGCGGCUCCUGAACCUGCGGGUGUCCCCCGCCGGGCUGUUCCUCGGGGCCUUCCUCGCCCGAGUGGCCCUGGUGUUCUAUGGGGUCAUCCAGGACCGGACGCUGCGCGUGAGGUACACGGACAUCGACUAUGAGGUCUUCACGGACGCGGCGCGCUUCGUGGCGGCAGGGCGCUCCCCGUAUCGGAGGGCGACUUAUCGCUACACCCCGCUGCUGGCCUGGGUCCUCACCCCCAACGUGCACCUCAGUGAGCUCUGGGGCAAAUUUGUGUUCGUCAGCUGCGACCUCCUCACGGCGCUGCUCGUGUACCGGCUGCUGCUCCUGAGGGGGCUCGGGUGGCGCCAGGCGUGCGGCUACUGCGCCUUCUGGCUCCUGAACCCACUGCCCAUGGCGGUGUCCAGCCGAGGCAACGCCGACUCGAUCGUCGCCUCCCUCGUGCUCAUGGCCCUGUACCUGCUAGAGAGAAGGCUGGUCGCCUGGGCCGCCGUCCCCUACGGGGUCGCGGUGCAUAUGAAGCUGUAUCCCGUGACCUAUGUCCUUCCCAUCGCGCUGCACCUGCUGCCAGAGCGGAAUGAGGGCCCGCCCGGGACUUCUUUCCCGGCCCGUUUGUGGGAACUCGUCAGGAGGAUGUGUAGCCCGGCCGUGCUGCUUUUUGUAGCACUUGCUGGACUCACGUUUUUUGCCCUGAGCUUUGGUUUCUACUAUAAAUACGGUUGGGAAUUUGUGGAACACACCUAUCUUUAUCACCUGACCAGGAGGGACAUCCGACACAACUUUUCCCCCUACUUCUACAUGCUGUAUCUGGCUGCGGAGAGCAGGUGGAGUUUCCCAUUGGGAAUGGCAGCCUUCCUGCCACAGCUCGUCUUGCUUUGUGCGGUGUCGUUUGCCUAUCACAGAGACCUUGCCUUUUGUUGGUUCCUCCACACGUCCAUUUUCGUGGCCUUUAACAAAGUCUGCACCUCCCAGUACUUUCUCUGGUACCUCUGCCUUCUGCCCCUCGUGAUGCCGCAAGUGAGAAUGCCUUGGCAGAAGUCCCUGGGCCUCCUGAUGUUAUGGUUUGUGGGGCAGGCCUUGUGGCUGGCGCCUGCUUAUGCUCUCGAGUUUCAAGGGAAGAACACCUUCUUGUUGAUUUGGUUAGCUAGUUUGUGCUUUCUUCUUAUCAACUGUUCCAUCCUGACUCAAAUGAUUUCCCAUUACAAGGAAGGACCCCUGGCAGGCAGAAUCAAAUGUGACUGAAGUAUGUUCUUGAUUUUCUGCCACAUUGUCUAUUACAUGUUGAUGUGUGCACCAGAAGAGCACUUUGGAAUUUUUUUUUUCUGGACACUCUAAGUACUCUAGUGAAAACUGUCUUGUUCCAAUAGAAAUCAAAACCAGCAUUUGCCUUAGGUGUGUAUAGUGAGGACUUGACAAUUGAAGCCAUUCUCUAGGAAAUCUUAGGGUUUAGUUGUUACUCUAUGGAAAGUGAAAAUCACUUGUAUGGAAAUGGAAAGGCUGAUGAAACUGUCAGAUGCUUACUAAAAUAAACUUGCUGAAUAAUAGAGGAAUAUAAAGAGACAGGAUCUAAGCCGGUACUUAGUAUUUGGUCCAGUUACGUUAUCAAAUUAAGUUGU